AGCCCACUGGCUUCUUCUGAACUCACGCUUCAGUUCUUCCAAAGCCCACGGCCAGAGGAGUCCUCUGGGGAAAAACGUAGCAUGCGCCCGCUGGGAGAGCCGGAAGUGGAUUCCUGGUGGCUGGUUUCUGCUGCUCCGCCGGAUUACAAUCUCCCUCCGUUUCUCCACCUUCCGUGGGAAUUUCGGGUUUCGAGAAUGUGGAACGACGGCGUCUUCCCGUCUCUCUCUCCUCCUUCCAACACCAGCUUCGCGGGGAACAGCGAAUCUCGGAUUCAGAGUUCCAACACCUUCGCAGAGCUCGAGAGACACUAUAAUGUGGAUAUCUUCACCACUCCUCAGGACUCCGACUGUUUCCAUCUCGGGAGUUUUCCCCCACCUCUCUCACCGGCCACUGGCCUCUCCGCAACUCCAUUAAAUUCCACUCCAGGAGAUGGUGAUGUUUUGACGGCUAUUGCUGCCACCAACCUGAGACCAUCCGCAAUGACUCUAAUUCAACCUAAUAGUGUGGUGGGAUGUAAUAAACGGAUGGCAUCCAGUGAUUCUAUCAGCAAGAGAACAACUAGUAGACAAGCAUCAAAGAGGCUGAAGACGGCGGAGAAGCUGCAUCAACCGCCAUGUAAUGAAUCAGAAUCAACCCAUCCACAGCUGAUGAAAGCGCCAGUGAGGAGGAGCCAGAAGCUAGGGGAUAAAAUUACAGCUCUACAGCAGCUAGUUUCUCCAUUUGGGAAGACUGAUACAGCAUCAGUACUUCAUGAGGCCACUAUUUGCAUUAAAUUGCUCCAUGAGCAGAUCCAGGUGCUGACUGCUCCUUACUUCGGAAUCAAAUCUUCACCUCACUUGCCGGGCCAUGGAGGAGAGGAAGCCAGCUUGCAAAGCAAAGGAUUGUGUUUGGCUCCCAUCUCAUCAACCAUCGUUAGUCUCAUAAAUCAACCAGCAAGCACUUCCCAUAGCCCCAAGAGAACCACCAUGGCAACCAGUGCAUGUUUUUAUUGACGAUCUCAGGAUGGUCGUCAGUUGGAGCCGCUUUGGUUCUCGCGGCAUGUUCCAAUUUUACGCUACACACGGUGAAGGUGUCAAGCGUUUUAGGUGAUCAAAGAAUUAAAACACAAGUUAGUUUGGAUGGAAUGAGAUGAUGAGCUGCUUCUCAAAUUAUGUAGCUAUUAAACUGUGCUUUUGUUCAUGGGGGCUACUUGAA